GCGAACGAAGUUGUUGCCACAGAGGAUGGCAUAACUGGUGUACAUCAGUUGGAAUGUUCGGCUGCUGAGGAGGAAUCAGCGUGGCGAGGGGGAUGAUACCCACAUCCCAUGGGCGGGCGAUGUCCYGGUGGACAAGGAGAUGGAGGAGUGGUAUGUGCAGUGGUUGGAUCGGAUCCAUGAAGAUUUCGAUCGUGAGGAGGUUGUGGAGGUGGACUGCGAUGAUGAGGGAGAUGAGAUCCCGAUGCGGCGGACUUUCCUGCGGAAUGACGAAGUUGACGACAAGCUGGUUGAGGAGGAGGAGACUCUACUUGUCGGUACAAGGCAGCGCGAUUGGCACGAGUGCACGAAGCCUGGGAAACACUGUGAACAAGAGUUGCGCAGAAGAUCUGGUUGUCAGCUGCCCGUGCUUGGAGAGUUGUACACGGAGGAGGGUUACGCUCUCGCAAUGGAAGCGUGACAGGCAAGCACUUGGGUGCAGAGGCGGGAUGAGGCGCGAACAAAGAGGAGACGGAAAG